AAAACCAGGAAGUGACAUUCGGCUGAGGCUCGCUCAUGUGCAUGUGUGGAUUAAACACGUUGGUUUCUAACGGUUUUAUAACUUCAUCAUUUUUAUCAUAUCACGCAUGUCGGAAUUGAAAUAAACAAAACUUUUUGGGCUCUAUUAAAUUAGAAAGCCAGACUCUUCGUUUUUUCCCUGCAUGUUCUUGCGAAACUAGUCCCUAUCUAUCAAGGUCAAGAGUUGCUUGACGUAAGACCUAUAAACUGCGUAUGAAAGGAACAGUAAAUCGCUUUUUAUAAAUGGCCGGUUUAAUUAAUUUUGAGGACGAAAAGGAGGUCAAGCAGUUUUUGGAUAAUUUGGGAGUGGAGUACAGUUAUCAAUGUUACCGGGAGAAAGACCCUGAAGGUUGUCAGAGAUUAGCAGAUUAUCUAGAGGGUGUUAAAAAGAACUAUGAGUCCACCGCCCAGGUUCUCAAGCAUAACUGCGAGGUGAAUGCACAUGGAGAGAGCUGCUAUAAACUUGGGUCUUACCAUGUCACCGGCAAAGGCGAUGUGGCAGAGUGUUUAAAGACGGCAUACUCGUGUUUUAUGAAGGCGUGUAACACCAAUGGAAAGAAGUCAGUGGAUGCCUGCCACAAUGUAGCUCUGCUCGCCCAUGACGGGAGAGCCAUGGAAGGGGGAACAGAUGCACUGACGGCUCGUCGGUAUUAUGAAAAGGCAUGUGAUGGAGGUUUUGCACCCAGCUGUUUCAACCUGAGUGCCCUAUUAAUCGAGGGAUCUCAAGGAGUAGACAAAAACAUGUCAUUGGCCUUAAAGUACGCUCUGCAGUCCUGUGAGUUGGGCCACGUUUGGGGUUGCUCCAAUGCCAGCCGCAUGUACAAACUGGGUGAUGGGACAGAGAAGGAUGAUCAGAAAGCGGAGGAACUUAAGAACAGGGCUAAAGAACUCCACGGACAGCAGAAGGAAAGGCAGCUGAAAUUUGGGGAGUGAGACAACUAUUCAGUGUGGACUAUGAAUAAAGGAGACCUGAUUUUUGCAUCAGAAAAUAUGGAUCAAGAGCUGUGUAUUGGUUCUUGAUGAAACAGUGAUUGUGCCAUUACACUGUUAAGUUUUUUUCCAAAUGUAUUUAUAGCUGAUAUAAAAGCAGAUACAGUAAUGUUAUUAAAUAAUUUCUUUGAUACUGUGUUGUCAGAACUGUGAUUCUUGUACCAUACUUAUCUGGUUGUCCAGUGCAUAUGGAGACUGCUGUUCACACAAGCAAACAGAAACAGUUGCCACCACAUUCUACAAGUGGAAGAGAACGUGUUGCAGUCGGUAUAGAGAUAUCAGUGGUGGUUAAUAAAAUAAUACUGAGACAUGAUGCCUUCUGUGAAUUUAGCCAGUGGUUGGCUGCAUAAAUUGCUGAAACUAGUUAGUCAAUUACAUUUUUUUCUUCAAUUCUAGUCAUAACUAUUUUAAAUAGGGUAGCUUGGUGUAAUUUUAAUCGCUAGUUGUCUGACUAUUAAAACGGUUUUAACGGCUAAUGGCCACAAGAGGGGAGCAUAUCCACAAAAGUGAAUAUAAUACAAGCAUACUUGGGGGUUACCUGGAACUGGUGGUCUCUUACUGUGGUCAAUAGACGGAACUAUACUACAUAUAACAAAAGACUAGUGUUUAGAAAAAGGUGUUACGAAAAAGUAAUGUCAAGAGUUCAGUUGCUCAGAGCAUUUGUGCCCUUAGAAAAUUAAUCAUGCUUUUAUUGUAGUAAAAGUGUAGUAAUCGUGUUUUUU